CCUCUGGAGAAAGAGGUUUGGAUCACAAACUUCCACUUCAAGUCCACAGGCUUUUUGUCUCUUCAAAACUUAUAAAUAUGGCAAAGAUUGAUGUACUGGUGGCAUCUCUGCUAAUUUUAGCAAAUGUUUCUUUUUUGCAAGCAUCAUUUUCACCCAGCCUUAUUGUGGAUCUGGCAAAAAUAGUCAUGGACAAUUACUGUUCUCCGGAGAAGCUAGUGGGGAUGAUGGAGGAUAUUGCAGCAGCUACAAGCAAUACAGAAGUCCUCAACAUGCCAGACGGCGAAACAUUGGCCAACGUCCUAACCAACGGAGUCCAAACCACAAUCAGUGAUCCACGCCUGAAGGUCACCUAUGAGCCAAACAAUGUUCAUAGGAUUUCCCCACAGAUCCCUGCCCUGUCCCCUGAGCAGCUCGUUGCUGUCCUCCAGACAUCCAUCAAGCUAGACAUCUUGGAUGGCAACAUUGGCUACUUAAGGAUUGACAACAUCCUCGGAGAAGAGGCUGCUGACAAGGUUGGCCCUUUGCUUGUCGACCUUAUCUGGAAUAAAAUCUUGACCACCUCUGCUCUAAUAUUUGAUCUACGUUACACUGGCAGUGGGGACAUCUCAGGUAUCUCUUACAUUGUGUCUUACUUCACUAAAUCUGAGCCUCUGAUUCACUUUGACUCCAUUUAUGACCGUCCCUCUAACACGACUAUUAAGCUGUUUUCUAUGUCAACCCUGCUGGGACAGAGAUACAGCCUAAUCAAGCCCCUGAUUAUCCUUACUAGCAAAAACACAAAUGGCAUUGCUGAGGAUGUUGCCUACUGCCUUCAGAGCCUAAAAAGAGCAACCAUUGUGGGUGAGAAGACUGCAGGAGGUUCAGUUAAACUUAGCAAAUUCAAAGUGGGUGACACUGACUUCUACAUUACUUUGCCCACUGCAAAGUCUAUCAACCCUAUUACAGGCUCCAGUUGGGAGCUUAUGGGUGUGACCCCAAAUGUGAAAGUCAAUGCAGAGGAUGCUCUUGCCACUGCCAUCAAGAUUAUCAACUUCCGUAAUCAAAUUCCAGCCAUUGUUGAGGAAUCAGCCACCCUGAUUUCCAAAAACUAUGCCUUCAAAAAUGUUGGAGGAGAUAUUGCAGAGAAGCUAAAAGAGCUUCUAGCAAAUGGUGAGUUCAGCAUGAUUGUCUCCAAAGAAGAUCUGGAGACAAAGCUGUCUGCUGAACUUUAUACUAUUUCUGGAGAUAAAAUCUUGAAGACCACCAGCAACAACCCAUCCCUGCCACCACUGAAUCUUACUUCAGAGAUGUACAUUGAGCUGGUCAAAGUCUCUUUCAACACUGACGUUUUUGAAAACAACAUUGGCUACCUGCAUUUUGACAUGUUUGGAGACUUUGAGGAAGUCAGACCCAUUGCCCAGAUUAUUGUUGAGCAUGUCUGGAAGAAAGUUGUCAACACAAAUGCUAUGAUCAUUGACCUCAGGAACAACCUUGGAGGACCAACAACUGCCAUUGCAGGUUUCUGCUCCUACUUCUUUGAUGGGGACAAGCCAAUUCUGUUGGACACGCUCUAUGACAGACCAUCUGAUACCACCACUGAACUGUUAACCCUGCCAGAACUUACUG